UAUGCUUUGUUGUACACACCCAACAAUGUGAGAAGGGCUUAGAUAAUACUUCUAGAAAGAAGAUCCUGUUAAGUUGCUACUCUGCAGGACUUCAUUCCAGGGUGAAUGAUGAUGGGCUUGCUCUCUUUUUGUAGCUUCACAACUUCUUCAGUUACCUCAUGGAUCACUUCACGCCAAGCAGCAGUAAAGAGAGGGAUUUUAUCAGUCGCAUGUUCAUAAGCGGGGAAAGCUUCAAGGAGGCAGAGCUGGAAAAAUACUGUGACUAUGAAUCCAUGGAGGUGCCAGACUCCUACACUGGACCCCGUCUCUCUUUCCCACUCCUUCCUGACCAUGCAACUGCCUUGCUGGAAGCUUUCAAACAGAAACAACAGCUCCACGCUCGCUAUGUCUUAAACCUUCUGCAUGAGACCAGGAAGCACCUCAAGCAGUUGCCAAACAUCAGCCAUGUCUCCACCUGCUACAGCGAGGAGGUCACCGUGUGCGGAGACUUGCAUGGCCAGCUGGAUGAUUUGUUCCUCAUAUUUUAUAAGAAUGGCCUUCCUUCCCCUUCUAAGUCCUAUGUGUUCAACGGGGACUUUGUAGACAGAGGCAAACAGUCCCUUGAGAUCCUCAUCAUCCUCUUUACCUUCCUCUUGAUCUAUCCAAAGGAGGUUCACCUCAACCGCGGGAACCAUGAGGACCACAUGGUCAACUUACGCUAUGGUUUCACCAAGGAAGUAAUGCAUAAAUACAAGGCGCAUGGGAAGAAAAUCUUGAAGAUGAUUCAGAAUGUCUUUUGCUGGUUGCCCCUUGCCACCCUGAUUGAUCAGAAAGUCCUCAUUAUCCAUGGGGGCAUCUCUGACACCACUGACCUGGACGUGCUUGAGAAAAUUCAAAGGAACAAAUUUAUUUCUGUAUUGAGAGCGAAGAAAAGAAAGGAGUCAAAUAGAAAUGUGGAAAUCCAGGAAACAAACGAGGAGAGCAAAGCCGAGGCUGACCCAGCAGGGAAUGAGGCAGCUCCCAGUUUACCUCCCUCACCCCAGCCAGCCCAGGCUCCCAGCACGGCCAACAGGCUGGAGUUCUCCAGGUGGGUCCGGCAGACGGUGCAGGAGCAAAUUGAGUGGUGCCGCCGGCUGGUGGACAUCAGCGAGUCAGAGGAGGAGGAGCUCACCUAUGCCAGCAUGGUCUCCCUGACAGAUUUGGAUGGGCCAUGCCACACUCGCCAGGAGGACAGGAAGCAGAUCUUAGACAUUCUCUGGAGUGACCCCAUGCCUCAGGAAGGCUGCAUAGUAAAUACGGUGAGAGGUGGUGGCUGCUACUUUGGGCCUGAUGUGACAAGGAAGAUCCUUGAGAAGUACAACUUGCAGUUCCUCAUCCGCUCCCACGAGUGCAAGCAAGAGGGCUACGAGUUCUGUCACAAUCGGAAGGUGCUGACCAUAUUUUCAGCCUCAAACUACUAUGAGAUUGGCAGCAACAGGGGAGCCUACGUGAAGCUGGGGCCAGACCUCGUCCCCCAUUUUGUUCAGUACCAAGCCAACAAGGCAGCCCAUACUCUCACUAUGACCCAAAGAAUCAGCAGAGUAGAGGAGUCAGCCUUUCGAGCCUUGCGGGAAAAGCUCUUUGCUCACACCUCAGCCCUCAUCAGCGCGUUCAAGGCCUACGAUAAAGGACAACACGGGUAAAUUUGACCUAGAACAUGUCUGUCGUGUCACUUGGGAAGGGCUGGGUGGUCUCUAAGAGCUCCUUCAUCCCCGGAGUCUAAAAUCACAGGGAAGAGGGAAGUGAAGGGUGUCCUUUGUGGCAGCUGUCUGUCAGAGCCUUAAGGAAGUUGCUGAGAGUUCAUAAUUAAAUAUCUGCCAGGAGUGCUCCAGUGGGUGCAGCUGCCAAGAUGUGUUGUUGAGCUCUGUCCAUUUGUGGGCCAGGGGGAGAAAAGGGACACAGUGGUUGGCUGCUUCUGGAGUAGAACUACUUUCUUGCUUUCUUCUCUGGCAGACAAAUUGUUGACAAAAGUCCCAGUUCAGCUGUCCCAGCAGCUGCUAAACUAGAGGAUUUUCCAUCUUUCUGGUUCCCUGAGGAAAUACUAGUGUAGCUGUGUGGGCCACAAUCUGCAGGGUGAAC